AAAGAAAACUAGAAUUCAGUGGCGUGUUGCUUGCCGACGAGAGAGGGUGUGUGUCGCUCCCGGCCCCGCGAGCAGACCGCGUCGUACGCAAAUACGAUACCGAUAUUAUUUCUAACUAAAAUCAACGAAAUAUUUUAUAUGAAAUAGGAAUUAAAUACAAAUAAAUAUACGUGUUAUUGUUUACUAAAAAAAAAUAUUUGUGGUAAUUUCUGCGAUUAAACCGUGUCACGUUCAUUGUUCAAAAUAGAGAUUUUCGCGCGUUACUUUUUUUAUAUUUUUAUUUAUUAAUAUAAUAUCAAUUAACGUGCAAGAUGUACCUUUGAAAAAUUUCAAAAUGUACGCGUAGAUUGUUUCUGCAGAAAUGAUACAUUGACGUGUAAAAAUGAAAACAUUUCAAACCACAUGAUAUCGUCGCAGCCAUGAUAUUCAAGCUAGGGUUAGGGGGGAAACCUCAGGCGAAAGCGCCGCCGGAGAAGAAUGAGAAACAGGAGAAGCGAGAGAAGAAGAAAUGGGAGAGAUGCGACCGAUGGACGGAGGACCCGUGGCUGUACUGUGCAGUGUUGUGGUGUGCGUGCGCCAUGAGCCUGGUGUCGAGCGGCUACAGCCUGUACGCCGGGCGCGGGCUGGCGGCGCGCCUGUCGCUGCUGGAGGAGCAGCACCGCGCGCUGCGCUCCGCCGUGCUGGAGCCCACGCAGCCGCUGGUGGAGCGACUGCGGCGCGAGGUGCUGGCGCGCCCGCCCGCGCACUGGCGCGCCGCGCGCAGCCUGCGCGACUACGCCGACUGCAUCUGUCCGCCAGGUCCACCCGGCCCACCCGGCAAGCGCGGCAAGAAGGGCAAGAAAGGCGACCCUGGCGAGUCCGGCCCCGCGGGGUUGAUGGGAGCGCCAGGGAAGAACGGAUUCCCGGGCAGCAAGGGCGAGAAGGGCGAGCGAGGCUUCAUGGGCCCCAUCGGACUGGACGGACCCAAGGGCGACCCGGGCCGGCCGGGCGAUAAGGGGCAGAAGGGCGAGCACGGCAGUCCCGGCUUCGACGUGUUCGCAGCCGUCAAGGGCGUCAAGCGGUCCGUGGACAACUUUAGGAUGUCGCCCUACACCACCGCCGAGAUCAUAGCCGUCAAGGGCGAGCCGGGCGAGCCGGGCCCGCCGGGGCCGCCGGGGCAGCCGGGAGCGGAGGGCGCGGCGGGCGCGGAGGGCCGCGGCGGGCCCCCCGGCGCGCCCGGGGCCGCGGGGCCCGUGGGCCCGCCCGGCCCGCUGGGCCCGCUGGGGCCCGUGGGACCACCCGGACCUAUCGGACACAAAGGCGACAAGGGCGACAAGGGCGAGCGCGGGUUCACCACGACGCUGAAGGGCGACGCCUUCCCCACCGGCAUCAUCGAGGGGCCCCCCGGCCCGCCCGGCCCGCCCGGUGCGACGGGCGCGACGGGCGCGACGGGCGCGACGGGGCCGCGCGGCCCCCCCGGCGCCGACGGGCGGCCCGGCGACGCGGGCGUGCCCGGCCCGCCCGGCAAACCGGGCGAGACGGGGCCGAAGGGCGCCAAGGGCGACUACGGCGACAUAGGCUCGCCGGGCAUGCUGGGCGCGCCGGGCCUGCCGGGCCCGCCGGGCUACCCGGGCCUCAAGGGCGAGAAGGGCGAGAAGGGUGACUCGCAGAAGUACCGGAAGCUGAGACGCAGGGCGACGGCACCGGCUACGAGCUCUACGGGCACACGGAAAUGGGCGAGCGCGGGGAGAAGGGAGAGCCGGGACCGAUGGGCCUGCCGGGGCCGGUGGGGCUGCCGGGCGAGCCGGGGCGCGCGGGCGACGACGGGCCGCGGGGCCCGGCCGGCAAACGCGGGCGCAAGGGCGACAAGGGCGACCGCGGCGAGCAGGGCGUGCCCGGACUGGACGCGCCGUGCCCGCUGGGGCCCGACGGGCUGCCGCUGCCGGGCUGCGGCUGGCGACCCAGCAAGGAGGCGGCGCGCGACUCGCGCGGCGGCGCGGCGCGUGACCUGGAGCCGGACGAAGCGGAGCCGGACGACGGCGACGCGGACGGCGAGGCGGACGCGGGCGACUACGACGCGCACGACGAGCUGGACGCGCCGCGCGACUACGACGACUACACGGACAACGCGCACCACGAGCCGCACCGCGACUGAGCGCAGGAGGCGAUGCUGGCGUGGCUGCGGCGCCGCCUCGAGCUCGACGGAGACGACGCCCCGCGCCCGCACUGACGCCGCCGGCGCCGGCGCGGCGCUCACGACGCGAGCCCUCGCCCGGCGGCGGGGCACGGCGCUGUGUCGUCGGUCGGCCGCCGCGCGCCGCACUGACGAAUCCGAGUACUUUUGAAUGUGAGAUGAUGAGACGCACUUUUCGUAGUUUUUUGUAAAUAUAGGUACAUCGUUAAAAGUUUGGUGAGUCAUAUAAUUAAUUCCUGUCGGCGUAAACCCGACUAAGUUUAAAAACCGUCCAGGACGAGGCGGGACGAAAAGUGCCGUUGGCUUUACUUAUUGUUAGACAAUUAUUCAAUUCCUCACCAGCGAGCGCCGGCAGAGGCGGACAAUGAUGUGAUGCUUUCUUUCUUUUUUUACAUCUAUAGGUACAUACUUAAUUAUGAUUGUAUUUUCAAGUUCAAUAUUUAUGUAUGACGCAGCCAUCUAGUUAAAUAAGAUAGUUGAUUGAACGCCUACAUUGGUUACUUUUGCUCCGGGAACGAUUCACGUUCGCUGGAUUUGAAUUUCACGCGAACGAUAUCGCGGACAUCAGUCAUCUUUAACGGGCUGACUUUUAAUACGCCAGGAUGUUAAACGUUAGUUAUUCUUGUUCAAUCAACUAUCGGCCUAGCCAUUUAAUUAGGAUACCGGCCUAUAAUGAACGGCCUAAGCGUCACCUGGCCAAUUGAACCAGAUGUCUGCGAUGAGGCGGCUCGACCCCCCGCGGGGCCCGCCAGCUCGACAAACGAAUGAGUACUGUUCAUGGCACCUCAGUCCAGCAGUGAGUGCGGCGUGACUACACCACAGGCAUUAGCUUUCGAUAGGUCCCGUGAUCUACUCGUCAUUGCCGACACUCGUUGGUCUCGAAGCGCCAACGUCAGCAGCGGAGACCCGACGGGCGAGCAGGCGCUGGGUGCCGCGCCGCCGCACUCACUCACCGCUGGGUGAUGUCGUUUUCCUCGUGGGAUUUCCUAGUUUUGGUAGUUUACGAUACGUUCCAAAGACUAAUUGUUACGACUCGGCAUAUCUGUAUGUGUGUACUAUAAAACAAUUAAAGCCACAUUUCACUUACUUACUUACAUUUUUUUUUCAUUUUACGAGGUGUACCUGAGUCAUGGCAUCGAAUAGGCAUGAUGACAGUUUUUUAAAUUGUAUAUAAAUUAAGAGUAUGCUAAUAGUAAAGCAAUUUUGUAAAAGUAACUGCGAUCAUUACUAUCGGAGCUACACGCACUACAGGGAUUUAAAGGGUCAGAUUUGCGGCGCCGGUCCGAUGACGUCAUAGACGUUAAAACAAAAUUACUUAUGUCUUUGUUAUUUGUGCGUUUAUGUUUAUAGUACCUAUAUUUAAAAAUGUCACAUUUAAUGUAAAGAAGCUAAACCUGUAUGAAUUACGAUAAAGAUUGUUAAUAGAUUUUGAAAUUUUAUAAUCUUAUUUAUUUUGCAAAUAUCCAGACAAUCUUUGCUUUUUAUGUAUAAAUUAGUUAACAUUGUCCUUAUUUACCCGAAUGUAUCAUAAACAUCAAUAUAUUCAAACUUAGUCAUCAUUCCCAUUGAUUGGCAUGUAUUUAAAUGCAGACAUCACCAUGAGCCUUCCUCUUGGUAUUCUUUUACUUUAUCCGGACACAAUGGUAGGGACUGGUGUUGGUAUUGAUCGCCUCGAACCCUGUCCUCAUACCUAUGAACACAGAACAAACGAAACGCUAAAGCUGCGCCUAUGUAUUUAUUAAAGAUUUUUUGUUUCUUUUAAAAUGUUAAAUAGUGAAUGUAAAUACUUAGAUAGGUACGUAAACUGUAAGGCGCUGUAAGUAGUAGUAGAUAAGACCGCUCCCGUCGCGAGCCCCGCCGCGCCGGCCGCGCGACCGUCGCGAGCUCGGCCGGCCGCGCGACCGUCGCGGAGCGCGUCGCGACUCGAUCUCUGUACAUUAUGUAGAUAAUGUUGUACGUAUUGUUGUAAGUGUUCAUUUUCACUGUACCGUUGUAUUUUAAUAUAAGAUUCACAUUUUUCAA